AAUACAGGUGGGGAAACAAAACCCCGCCAGAGAGACAGCGUGUUGUAAUGUUCUGGGAAGUUACGACUAGAGAACUGUUUAUAUUCCAGCACUUUAAAUACUGCCCUCUCUGGAAGAGCUGAAACUGAACUGAGAGGUAAAAAACUACUAAACUCCAGACCAGACCAUCUCCUGCAGUCAUGUCUACUGAAGAGGGCUCGCACUCUACUGAGGGGAUGUACUCCAGACUCGUAGAAGACGGAGGGACCGGAGCCGAUGAAGAAUUCGGAGCACAACCAGCACCCUCAUCAACAGGGGUUAGAGGGAGGCUGGCACACCACGGACCCUACAAAGUGGCUACAGCAUGUCUGACUGCUUUCUGCCUUAUCCUGCUCAUGGCAUUGGUGGCAAUCAGUGUACACUAUAACAGACGUGACACUGCGAGCAUGGACCAGAACUCUCUGAAAGAAAAAAAUAGAGAACUACAGAAUGAAAUUGACCAGCUAAAAACCAAACUGGAAAAGCUUGAGACCACCCCAACCCCACAGCCAGUUCAGUGCACUGAUGAUUGGCUCUACUUCAAUGGCAGCUGCUACUUCAUCUCAAUGUUCAGCCACAGGUGGAUGGAGAGUCAAAAAUACUGCGAAGACAAAGGUGGUCACCUCGCCAUCAUCGAGACUGAUGAGGAACAGACUUUUCUAUGGGACAAGUUGCCAAGAGGUCACUGGAAUUCUUACUGGUUUGGAAUCAGUGAUGAAAAGGUGGAGGGAGACUGGUACUGGGUGGAUGGAACCAAACUAGUUAGAGGUUUCUGGGAAGAUGGGGAACCAAAUAACCACGUUAAUGAAGACUGUGCCUACAUAGUGAAGACUAAAGUGUUGAGUCGCGUGGCUUUCAAGAGCUGGUAUGAUGCACCAUGUUCCAUGUCCAUACCCUGGAUCUGUGAGAGGAAGGCAGCUAAAUAAUAACCAUUACCAAUUUCUGAUGUUUCAUGUCUGAUGUUUUAAUAAACACAGGGUGUGUUUUUGACCUUUCUAGUAAGAAUUUACAGCUAAGAACCAGAAAUUUAGCUUGUUUGUCAUGAAUUUAUAUGCUGUGAAAUAAUGACUUAAAGCUCCACUAGGUAGGAUUGAGAUUUUGUGCUCAUGGGCUCCCCCUACAUUUACAGUUUGAGUGUAAUAAAUGAUUAUUUUCUCUUUCUCGUUUUCAUAUUCGGUCUCUUUCCAGCUUCUGCCAGAGUGUCUGUAUGUUAGUUUGUAAAGAAUGAACCAAUAGUCUUUGUAGAACUGUUAGAACUAAAGGUCGGAAAGCAGGUCGCAGUUCUUGCGAGCGAUGGUCGUGGCCGGCUCAGAAAACUUACAGAGUCGGGUUUGAGCUCAGAGAAGCUCCGGCACAGACACGAGAGCAACGCUAUUCCUCCUAUUACACCUCAAUGGAGCGCUGCAGUGAGUUUCCAGCUGUAAUUUUACUUAUUUAAAAAGAUCAAAAAUCAACCUACCUAGUGCUGCUUUAAAUCUGAAACAAGUUUCAUAAUGUCAAUCAGGCUAGUCCUUGGCUGUUUCUUUAACCCUAUAUGGCAUAAAUUAUAUUUUAGGGAGAAUUUUUUUUAUUUCUGGAACAAGAUAUUUUGACUUUUAAUAACAAGCUGAUUAUUCAAAUCAGGUGUUUUUAGAGCAGGGAAGCCCCAAAACAUUAAGGUUUGGAGGUCUCCAAGACCAAAGAUGAGAACCACUUAUUCGUAAUGAUCAAUCCAAGCCAAUAAAUAUAAAAACACUGUUGUGGUACAAGGUUUACAAUGAGAAUGUAAGAAAAUAAACAACUAAGUAUCAUUUUUUUCACAUAUUCUUGCACAUAAACAUAUUUUUAUUUAUGACCCACUUGUACACCUCAUUGUACUGGAUGUAGAUAUGUCAUGUAACAUUAUGUUAAAGAUAAAUAAAUAUGUAAAUAAGAAAAUAACUGAAAACAAAUACGUAUGUAAAUAUGUAAUAACCAAAAAGUUGGUUUGUUGCCUGAGAGCAACACUAUGCCAUAAAGAGUUAAUAUAAAGUCUAAUAAAAAGUCUGAAGUAGCAUUUAUACGAUUAUAUCAAAGCUCAGAUAUGAGUCAGUAUAUAAGUACUUAGUCUUCUUAGUCACUUUGGUGUAUUUUUUUAAUUGUCAAUAAUAUUUGCACAAAAGUGUGUGUGAGAAUGUUUUAAAACAUUUUGUACAAACAGCACCAUGCAAUGGAUAACCAGCUAAUGCCUGUACCUCUCUUAAAAUUCUGAAUAAUGUCAGAAAAAAAGUAUUUAAAACAACCAAAGUAUAUUUAACAACCAAAAACAAGUAUUUAUGUCACUGAAAAUUUCAGUCAUUUGAAUAAAGAAUCUCUGUGACACUGAUUACGAAAAAAACAGACUAAAUUUUUAGUCAUGUUGUUUUGUAUCGGUGUACAAUGUCAAUAUUGAAAAUGCUUUAAAAAAUGCUUAACUUUUACCAGAGUAGCACAUAUCAAUUUCAAGGGUAUCUGUAUAUCAAAAUCAGAUAAAGGCUCGAAGUCUGGUGUGUAAAAGCAUUUUUGUUAAUUGAAUUAAGUACAUGUUAAAAGUCCCCCAGGAUUAUUGUAGUAGUUCUCAUGUCUUUCAGCAGAGGGCAGUAUUGGGGCUUGGUUCAUUUUAUUAACGCUGUGCUGUUAUGCUGUGUCAUUACUGUACAUAAAAACUGGUUUGUUUUAUUUGCUUGUAUUGUAGUUAUAUUUUUUUAUUACGUUUCAGAUGUAUUCAUUUGGAAUGCAUUUAUUUGCACUGAUGGGGCUAUUGUUUUAUUAAAAGAAGAUCUAAAGGGACAGAAUACAAGUAAACCUUGUAAAUAGUUCAUUUUUGCUGACAAUUGUUAUAAAAACAAUUUCUAUUUUGUAUAAUAAAGUACUAUAUUUUGUUCA